AUGGCGGACGAAGACAAAGAAAAGGCCGAGAAGGUCGCCGCGGCUAAGAAGCGCGUGGAGCAAAUGAAGAAACAGAAGGCGAAGAAGGCAGGCGGCGCAAAGAAGAAAGAAAGCAAGACCGAGGAAAGCAAGACCGAAGCUCCCGCUGAAGCUGAAGCCGAAGCCUCCACCACACCCGCGAAAGCUGAAACCAAGCCCGAAGAAGUUGCGACCGAACCUGUCGAAGCCACAAGCGCUUCGCCGGGACCCGUUGAAGAUGAUGAAGAGCCAUCGAGCCUUCCCGUGCCAAAGCCAUCGCAUGGACGCAAGCUUUCUGUAGCCGUCGAGUCGCGACAAAGAUCUGAAUCCUUCUAUCGCUCGGGCGCCGCUGCUACACCAAUAUCUCCCAAUCCUUUGUCGCCUUCGGGUGGGGUUACGAGCGAGGUAUACAGGGAACAGGCGCAGAGGAUUGAAGAGCUCGAGAAGGAUAACAAGAGGCUAGCGGGCGAGGUUGAGGAUAGUGAGAACAAGCGGAGGAAGGGCGAGGAGGAACUUGAGGAGCUAAGAGAAGGUAGAGGGGAUGUUGCGCUUGCUGUUGCGAAGGGCAAGGAAGCUGAUCAGCUAAAAUCAGAAGUCGAGUCGCUCAAGCGACAGCUAUCGCAAGCUCAGACACAAAGCACAAAGUCCAAGAGCCGUACCUCGACCGCCUCGCCUGGCCAGACCGCAUCUAUCGAUGACCUCAAUGCGCAGGUCGCUUCAAAAUCCGCUACUAUCGAAUCGCUAGAGCUAGAGAUUUCGAACGUGCACCGCCAAUUGUCAGAGGAGACAAACAAGAACAAUGAGCUACAGUCGAAACUGUCAACCCUCGAGAUUGCCUUACAAAAGACCGAGCAGGAGGCCAGCUCAACGAAGACUGAGCUCGAGGAGCUCAAGGCAAACCUGGACAAGGCGAGCGAACAAGUAGACAAAGAAGGGUCAGAUCGCGAUUCUGCACAAACACGCAUCGCGCAGCUAGAGGCGGAACUUGGUGCGGCAAAUCGCAAGGCAUCAGACUCGAUAUCCCGUGCCGAAUUGCUGGAGAAGAAGAUUGAGACUCUUACACAACUCCAUCGCGACAACGAUUCCCGAAACCAGACACGUGUACAGGAGCACAAGAAGGUCGAGCGCGAAGCAGCUGAGCUUCGAACUCGCAUUGCAGGUCUCAGCAACGAAAAUGCCCGCCUACGAGAAGCUGAGCAGCGUCGCCGAAAAGCCGAUUUAGGCUCCAUCGAAGACUCCAGCGUGCAAGAGCUUGUCGAUGAAGAGCGCGACAGACUGCUCGCUCAAAUGCGUACUCUGGAAGAGGAGAACUUCGAGUUGAGGCGAGGGGUAUGGCGCGAUCGCCGCCGCGACAUGCAGCCCAACAUCGACGACCAAAACGACCCUACUUCCGGUUUCGACGAUGUCGAUCUCUCCGGCCAUCCCCCCAACCGCCAGCAACUCGCCAAUCGCACACACUCCACCUUCACCGACGUGCUGAACUCUGGCAUUUCUGCCUUUACAGGCCAAACGCCCGCACAUCGACGUAGCGAUGCCGCCACCAAGCCUAAGCCGCGGCAAGAGAGCUUGGGUAGCUUGGAUGAGUUCGAGAUUGAUGAAGGUGCAUUUAGGUUAGCGCAGGAGGAGGAGGCGAAGAAGCGGAUUGAGAGGGUUAGGGAGGUUAAGAGGGGGUUGGUCAACUUCAAGGGGUGGAGGGCAGAUUUUGUGGAUAUUAGAGUGGGGUUGGGCGGUGUCUUUGAGAUUUGA